GGUCAUUGUUCUCAGCCCGGUUGCUGCCGAGAGCACUGGAGUCUCAGUCCGCGAAGCUGGCGCCGGCCCGGCUGGGCUUCCGUGGCGAGCGGGUCGCGGCGGGCGGCGAGAGGCGCGGGGACUGUCCUCCACAGACCAUCGCGGGGCCGGGAGUGAAUAGCUCAUCUUGGCUCUGGAGACUUGAAGGUUAGAUGGAGCUUGACCGAUGUCAGGUGUCCCUCAGCUAUCAAGGAUCCUGCACUGAACGGAGAAGAUGACUGCAGAGUUGAAAGAGACCAUGGGCAGAGCCUCUUGGGGCCCAGGGAAGGUGAAAAAGGAAGAAGAUGAGGAAAGUGUCAUAGGUCAGGUAUCCGGCCAACAAGUGUGCUCUGAGCACAUCAAAGACUGGGCCCUUGGGGAGGGUCCUUAUGUAAGCAUCGGCAUACCAGAAGAGGAGGAAAAGGGUCAGAAAAUGUUGUGGGACAUGGCAGCGGUAGUGAAAACAACUCAGGAGACUGCUGCUGCUUCACCGCUUGGGAGCUGCUGCUCAAUGACAGGGACUCUGGCCAAGAGUGAAAUCUUGGAGCCUCAUGGGAACCUAACCCCACCAGGUACCAAAACCAAGAACCUAGAGUUAUUGAUUCCUAAAACAGAGAUAUGCAAUGACUCCGAGAAGACCCCCAUGAUUUUAGGAAGAAUCCAGAAAGGUGACCUUAAAGGACCUGAGUUAGGAGAAUCUUGUGAAAAGGGAAAUGUGUUAAAAAGGCCGAGAAUAAGGAGGGUAAAAGGAGAUUUGAAAGAAGCCACAGUGAAAGACUGUCCAUUGUCUGAAAGCUUCCGAGACAAGGAAGAAGAGAAAUCUAAGGAGGAAGAAGAGAAAUCUAAGAAGCCUAGAGGGAAAUACAGCCUCAGUUCUCCUGGUAAAAACCAGAAAACACAGCCUGGGCAAAAGCCGUUUACAUGUAGCGAGUGUGGGAAAGGCUUUAGUCAGAGUGCGAACCUUGUUGUGCAUCAACGAAUCCAUACUGGAGAGAAGCCCUUUGAGUGUCAUGAGUGUGGGAAGGCCUUCAUUCAGAGUGCAAACCUUGUUGUGCAUCAGAGAAUCCACACUGGACAGAAACCCUAUGUCUGUGGAAAAUGUGGGAAGGCUUUCACUCAGAGUUCAAAUCUGACUGUCCAUCAGAAAAUCCACUCCUUAGAAAAGACCUUUAAGUGUGGUGAAUGUGAGAAAGCCUUCAGUUACAGCUCACAACUUGCUCGGCACCAGAAAGUCCACAUUACUGAGAAAUGCUAUGAAUGUAAUGAGUGUGGAAAAACAUUCACUCGAAGCUCCAACCUCAUCGUCCAUCAGAGGAUCCACACUGGGGAGAAGCCUUUCGCCUGCAGUGACUGUGGCAAAGCCUUUACCCAGAGUGCAAAUCUUACUGUGCAUCAGCGAAGCCACACUGGUGAGAAGCCCUAUGAGUGUAAAGACUGUGGGAAAGCCUUCAGUUGUUUUUCUCACCUUAUUGUGCACCAGAGAAUUCACACUGCAGAGAAACCUUACGACUGUAGUGAAUGUGGGAAAGCCUUCAGUCAGCUAUCCUGCCUUAUUGUCCACCAGAGAAUUCACAGUGGAGAUCUGCCUUAUGUGUGUAAUGAGUGUGGGAAGGCCUUCACUUGUAGCUCAUACCUACUCAUUCAUCAAAGAAUCCAUAAUGGGGAAAAACCUUAUUUGUGUAACGCAUGUGGGAAAGCCUUCAGACAGAGGUCGAGCCUCACUGUCCACCAGCGAACCCACACGGGAGAGAAGCCCUACGAAUGUGCAAAGUGUGGUGCAGCUUUUAUUUCUAACUCACACCUCAUGAGACAUCACAGAACCCAUCUUGUUGAAUAGCAAGGAAGAGGAUGAUGCGCUGUUCUUGGUCAUAACCUACUGCUCCUAACAGUAGGCGCCUCUGUUCUUUAUUCUUCCUUUGCCAAAAUGAGGGCUAUACCCUUUAAAGUUAUUUUUCUGGAAGGUAAUGUAAACACACACAUUAUUUAAAGAAAAUAAAACUUAAACACCUAA